AUGCCCACGAACAAAUACGGCGUCAGCGACGAGCUGACCUGUUAUGAAAUCUUCUGGAGAGACACAUACCACUUUCUCAAUGAGAGAGGCUACCAAUUACGGCCAAGAUACCAUCCGGACUGGGUGCCAUCUUGGAAACCAGGCAAGGAAGUACACGCAGAGGACUGGCAUUCGUACUCGCUUUAUCUUCAGGGCAGGGGGGCCGUGAAUGACGCCUUUUCCCUCAAGAAACAGGAGAAAGUGGUCCUCAAAGUAAUAGAAUCCAACGAGCUGCCAAUUCUUCGAAUAUUGAACGCACCUAACGUGAGAGCUCUGCCGAAUAAUCGUACUGUGCCUAUCUUGGAAACGUUACACCUCAAAGACGACCCGGACAAAAGACUCAUAAUCGUCAUGCCGUUCCUUCGCUGGUUCUUCGACCCACCUUUUGAGACACUUCACCAAGUCUUGGAUGCAUCUCGACAGCUCCUCUCGGGCCUUGCUUUCAUUCACGAACAUCACAUCGCUCACAGGCUCGUUUUUCUCAUCCGGUUCAUCUUAAAGCAGCGUGCUGACGUUUGCUUUACCAGAGAUGCCUGCUAUCUCAACAUCGUCAUGGACUCAUCUCUUCUUAUACCGAAAGGAUUCCAUCUGACGAACCCUUGGAUAGCAGCCGAUGCAAAGUCAAGCUAUGAAUCCCGCAGCCGCUCUUCGGUCCAUCCUAUAAACUAUUAUUACAUCGACUUUGAGCUAUCCGUCAUUGUAAACGACGACAACCCUCUUGCGUAUGGCCGCGUCGGACUGGACCCAUCAGUUCCCGAGUGGGCGACACCAGACGAACCGUACGACCCUUACAAACUAGAUAUCUACCAACUCGGAAACGUGUUUCGCAAAGAAUUCACCGAGACGUAUAUCGGUCUCGAAUUUCUUCUUCCCCUAGUGGAGAGUAUGACACGAACUUUACCGAGCGAACGACCGACUGCGUCUGAAGCACUGGCGACCCUCGAGGCUCUUUCUGGGACUCCCUCUCGACGUAUCUGUUUUCGCACAUACGGGUCAGGAAUGAGGACGAAGCUCAAACUUCUUGACCUCUUCGAUAAAUAUAAAAGUAAACUUUUGCCUGUUCGGACGCCAUGA